AAGCUCCACCAGUCCUGAGACACUGCCAGGGCCUCAGAGGACAAAUACUUUUACUUUGGAUUAUUCCUCCACUUUAAGGGUUUUAAUGGAGCCUGUGUUCACAAGUUUGAGACUAAAGGUGGCUGUACUGUUUCUGCUAACAAUUCAGCUGAAGACAGAUGUGACUGAGGCAAUGCAAGUGACAUCCUCGGGGCCACAGAUCAUUCAAAAGGCACGGGGGGAGACAGUCAACCUGGGAUGCACCUACUCUCCCGGCCCCCAAGACACAGGAGAGCUGGACAUCGAGUGGUCCAAUGUGAGCCCUGAUAUGACACAGAAAGACAAACUGCUCUUAUCAUAUUCAGGGGGCAAGAUGGACCACUACGGCGACCCCAAAAGACUCAAGUUCAUAGCCGACCCCAAGCUGGGAGAUGCCUCCAUCACUAUCUCUGAUCUGCAGCUCUCAGACACGUCCACCUACCAGUGUAAAGUCAAGAAGGCGCCGGGUGUCGACAUGAGAAAAGUCACUGUGGUGGUGAUGGUUCCCCCGUCGACGCCAAAGUGUUGGGUCGAAGGCGACGAGGAGAAAGGUGGCAUGGUCUCCCUCCGCUGCAAAUCUAAUCAAGGAUCCAUUCCUCUCACUUACACAUGGAGGAGAGAGAGCGGUGGUGCCAUACCAGCCACUGCAACCCAAGACCCACAGACUGGGGAGCUUUUGAUAAAGAACCAUACCGACAGCAAUGUUGGAAGUUACGUGUGUGAGGCGAAAAAUGCUGUGGGCAAAGGACAGUGUAAAUAUGCACUGCAUGCAUAUAACCCCACCAAUAAGGCAGGUGUCAUAGCCGGGGCGGUGAUAGGAGCUCUUCUGUUGCUGCUCCUCCUGCUGCUCCUCAUCUGGCUCCUGGUCUGCUGUUGCCAUAAGCGUCGCUACGAGAAGGAGGUUGCAAAUGAAAUAAGGGAGGACGUCCAGGCCCCGGAGAGCCGACCCACCAGCAGAAACUCCAGUCUCCGCUCAGUGUUGGCGUACCGCACCCACCCCGGGGUGCACUACAGCUCUGUGAGGAAGCACCUGCCCAGCGUCAGUGAAUCAGGACACAGUCCCAUUUACACAGGCGAAAGCAACGGCACAUUACAGCCGACUGCUGGAGGGGGCGUCCGUGCUCCCCUUAGAUACGACCGUCAAUACGGAUACCCUGUGUAACUAAAAUCCAAAUGAAUCAUAGACUUUUUAUUUUAAAGAGGUAGUUCUGAUUUUUGAAGUGGGGUUGUAUGGGGUAUUUAUCCAUAGACAGUAC